CCGAAACUGAAAUAGAACAAAGAAUAACUGACAGUUAUAAUUUUGAAGCCGAAAGUUAUAGUGAUAUAAGUAAUUCCAAACACUAUGACCCAAUGCAUCAGACUUCGGCAGAAAGAAGCACAAAUGAAAGAUUUACGCCUUUAAAAAUACGCUGUUUAGGGGCUAAUUGUAUUAAUACAGCGGCUUUUGAUCGGCAUCAUGCCAAUUGUGGUGGUAAUUUUCAGAUAUCCAAUCGGGCUCGUCUUAAAUGUAAUGGUUGUUCGUUAGUUGAGGACAUAACAAACUUUUCUUUUAACUGCUCUAAUCAUAAUGGGAAUUAUUUCCAGUCAACAAAUCAAAUUGAUAUUAGUGCUUUUAAAAGAGCCUUAUUUAGUGCUUUAAGUGAAGGAGCAAUGGACGAAAGUAUAACUCUGGAAUUAAUUCAGUAUUUAAAUAAUGGUUUAUAA